CGAAUCCUCUCACACAACAUAAUUAGCCACCACCACUUCACCCAGUGCUCAGCAGCUCUCUGUUCUGUUUCUGUCUGACAACAAGGAGUAGAAAGAAGGAACCAACAAGGCCGGAGGCGAAGACGAACCCAGCUCCAACAGCGCCAUACAUUGUGACAGGUCGCUACGAACAAGGUCGCCGCCGUCGUCGUCGCCAUGGGAGUGCUCUUCUCGUGCCCCGCCGACGACUACGACCCGCUGGACGUGCAGGAGGAAGCGCCGGCGCCGGCGACGUCCUCCGCCGCGGGCGCGGGGGAGCCGGCGCCGGCCAUCCUCAGGGCGUCGCUGAGCUCCGGAAAGCUGCGCAUCGAGGGGUCGCUCAGCUUCAAGCGCGCGCAGGCCGCGCUGCUGCAGGUGGAGACCGAGAUCUCCAUCCGGACCGCCGAUGCCGCCGCGCCGGGGCCGCUGUCCCUGCCCUGCAGGGACAGGGAGAGGGAGGUCACCACCAGGGCGAGGUUCGCCGAGCCGGCGGCGGCCUCGGACAGCCCCAAGCACGAGGCGGCGGCGCUCCGGCUGCAGAAGGUGUACAAGAGCUUCCGCACGCGGCGCCAGCUCGCCGACUGCGCCGUGCUCGUGGAGCAGAGCUGGUGGAAGCUGCUCGACUUCGCGCUGCUCAAGCGCAGCUCCGUCUCCUUCUUCGACAUCGAGAAGCAGGAGACCGCCAUGUCCAAGUGGUCCAGGGCCAGGACGCGCGUCGCCAAGGUUGGCAAGGGGUUGCUCAAGGACGACAACGCUCAGAAGCUUGCCUUGCAGCACUGGCUCGAAGCGAUUGACCCGCGGCACCGGUACGGCCAUAACCUUCACUACUACUAUGAUUGCUGGCUCCACUCCGAAAGCAAGCAGCCUUUCUUCUACUGGCUUGAUGUGGGAGAAGGCAGGGAGAUCAAUCUUGAAGGCAAGUGCUCAAGAUCAAAGCUUCUCAGCCAGUGCAUCAAGUACCUUGGUCCAAAAGAAAGAGAGGACUAUGAAGUUGUAAUCGAGGACGGCAAGUUCUUGUACAAGAAAAGUGGGCGAAUCCUUGACACUUCUUGCGGACCGCGAGACGCAAAGUGGAUCUUUGUUCUUAGCACGUCUAAGAACUUGUAUGUUGGCCAGAAGAAAAAGGGGACAUUUCAACACUCUAGCUUCCUUGCUGGAGGCGCCACUUCUGCUGCUGGGCGAUUGGUUGUUGAGAAUGGAACUCUGAAGGCUAUUUGGCCUCACAGCGGGCACUACCGGCCGACAGAGGAGAACUUCCAAGAGUUCAAGAGCUUCCUCAGGGACAACUUGGUUGAUCUAACCGAUGUUAAGAUGAGCCCAGAUGAGGAGGAUGAGGAGUUCUGGGGCAGCCUCAGGAGAAUCACUUCAGAGAGUGAGAAAACUGGAGACCACACAACGGCUGCGCCUGAAGAAACCGGCCCUUGCCAAGCAAUUCCUGAAGCUGGCAGCACAGAAACCCAGAAAUGCGAACAAGAAACUGCAACGGCGCGGCCAGAACCAUCAGAAGGCGUCGUCGAUCAGGAGGCGGCCGAGGAGCAGCAGGCGCCGGUGCCGCGGGAGAAGAUCCUGCAGCGGAUCAACUCCAAGAAGGAGAUGAAGUCGUACCAGCUGGGCAAGCAGCUGUCGUUCAAGUGGACCACGGGGGCGGGUCCCCGGAUCGGGUGCGUCCGCGACUACCCGUCGGAGCUCCAGCUGCAGGCACUGGAGCAGGUGAACCUCUCGCCGAGGUGCAGCGCCGCUGCCGCCGCCGCCUCCCGGUUCGCAUCGCCGCUUAGGCGAAGCUUCAACCAGCCAGCGACAGCGACAGCGACAAGGGGGUGCGAGGCGUCGUCCACGCCGAGGGAGGCGUUCCGGUCGCCUCUGCAGCACGGCGCACUUGCACUGGCAGCCACAGCUGACUGAGACUCAAGUGCGCAGUUGCAGGCUUGCAGCUGAAAUUUUCCUUGAAGAAUCCUCAGAAAAUUCGAUGGAUGGUGUGGAAAUUUUGAAGAAUCCUCAGACAAUUCGAUGGAUGAAGAUGUGCAUAGUAGGUAGGUAGGGGCCAUGAAAAAAAUAAUGGAACAUACUGCUUGAGUAGUAGAUGUCAUUAGGGCAGGUAGUAGUAUAUACAUAUACUAAUACACAUUGUUCACUGAAGGAUGUGAUACUAGUAGUUAACCACAAAGGUUUUAUGCAAAUUCUUUCAUUCCUUACAUGUAUUUAAAAAAAGCUGUACUGAAGCAAGCAUGGUUUGACAUGUAUUGCGUGGAAUUUUGUACAAGUGUAUGUUGGCAUUAAGUUAUCUAUCAUAUCAGAAAACUCUGAUCUGGAAA